CCAUCGUCUCUGGUGCAGUGAUGUAGGGAUGUGGUUCAUUAUUACAGAGCCCUGCCCUCAAUCUCCUCCUGAACUCACCUGGAAUCUCCAAACAGACUCUCAAAGACACAUUGAGGAAAACACAAAUGGAAACUUUACAACUAAAAUCCAGAAGAACAUCACUUUGUCAGACUCUGAUGAUGGAUUCACUAUCAACUGCUCCGUCAGAUAUCCUGUGAACAAAGGAGAAAAUGUGAAGACAGCAGAGACACAACAAACUCUCAGAGUUUCAUAUUCUCCUAAGAACACCUCAGUGUCCAUCAGUCCAUCAGGUUUGGUGUCAGUAGGUAGCUGGGUGAACCUGACCUGCUCCAGCAGAGCCAAACCUCCUGUCAGCAGCUUCAGCUGGUUCAGGAUCAGCAAAGAUGGAGACAUCAAAGUAGCUGAUGGAGACUUUUACAGCUUUAAUGUGACAGAAAAUGCAGAGUAUCGCUGCACUGCAACAAAUCGUAUUGGAAAUCAGACAUCAGAAGUUAUAGUUCUUCGUAUAAAAGGUCCAUCUGAUGGGUCUUUACCCUGGGAGGCAAUUCUUGGAGGAGGAGUUGUUCUCAUCUGUCUGAUUAUAUGCUCUUUAGCUCUGUUGUGCUGGAGACGGAAGAACUCUACAAACUCAACUGUACAUCAAAACCAGGCUCAAACAAUUGAAAGUCUCAGCACUGAACCAGAAUCAACAACAGAAGAAAACAUCCAUUACGGAGAAAUAAAAUUCACCAAGAAGGCGUCAACUAGCUCGGCACAGAUCAACGGGGGGGAGGUGGAUACCGUAUAUGCACCGGUUAAGAUGUGAGCCAACACACACUAUUCUGCGGAAGACAGUGGGACAGCACAUGACCUGGUUUCUAAUGUUAUUAUUGUUCAUAAGACAGUAAACUAAACUUUGCCUUUAAAGUUUUUUUUUGCAUUAAUAAAAGAAAGAAAGAAUUUAUCAAGAUCUAUGAUUUCUCAGAAUUCAGAAAUCUGUCAAAGGAAGUCCCUAAUUCUUUUUUUGGUUUUCUUACUAGAACAUAAACGCCCCAUCAAAGGGUUAAAAAAGGUUUGGUUUGUGUUUUGGUGAGAUUGGUUUUAAGUUGAUUACACCAUAAAUAAAAGUGUUUAUACAGCAGUAAAUAUUGAAUCAAUGUAACAUUUCUGCUACACGUCAAAACAUGGAUGAAUCAAAUACUCUUUUUUUUAUUAAGUUUUUAAAUUUAUCAUUUUCUGUAUUCAUUAAAAAAAAUGUUUAAAAAAAUUCUUAUUAGCACUGACUGGACCCAAGCUGGAUCAUUCACUUAUGAAUUACUCCAGGUUUGAUGACUGUGUGCCAUUGAUGUCAAACUAUUUUACUUCUUUUUUAUUUUUUAUUUUUGUGUCAUUUAGAUGUUUGGUUUCCCAGCAUGCUUUACUGAUUACUGUAAAUAAAAUAUUAUGUUUUUCCCCCCUGUCCCAUUUGAGAUAUGAGCUCUUAUAUAUACAUAUGUACCAUUUUUUCUGGAUUAUAAAUGACUCCGGAGUAGACUAUAAAUUGCAGGAUCUUAAAAAAAACAUAAUAAAGAAGAAAAA